AUGUCAGAUUUAAAUUACGUAUAUAAAGAUAUAAAAAGUAAAAAUAAUCAACAACAACAAGAAAAAAUGUCAUUAACAAAUGAUGAAUCAAAUAUGAUUUCAAUAUCCAUUCAAAGAUCAUCUAUGUUAGAAAAUAAUUUAAAACAAAAUUCUAUUAACAUAAUAGUAAAUGAAUCGUAUGAUGAAAAUGAUUCUGAAUACGAAGAUGUGGAAAGUGAACAAGAAUUUAAUGAAAUAAAGAAUAUAUCUUCUGUAUUAACUUCUAUUUCAAAUAAAAAUUCUUUACAAACACUUCUGGAUGAAGAUGUAUUACAUCUAAAAGUUAAACCUCGACGUUUAAAUAACAGACGUCAAGAUGAUGAAUAUUCCGAAGGUUAUGACGGUGAUAAUGAAAAUCAAAAUGUACCAAAUAUAAUUCGUAAUAUAAAAAAAUCUGAUAAAAAUAAGAAUAUACUCGAUGAUGAUAAUAAUGCUCAAAGUCCAGCUUAUAUUCCACGUAAAGGAAAAUUUUAUGAACAUGAUGAUCGAACAUUGGAUGAAAAAGAUCGAUUAAAACAAGAAAUAUCAAAAAAUACUAAUCGAUUUGAUAGAGAUUCAGAUGGUAAAUGGCAACAUGAUUUGUAUUUUCGAGAUGAACAAAUAUUCAGAUCUCGAUCUUCAUUACAUAAACAAGAUCGUCAUCAUUUCGAACAUGGUAAUAAUGUUGCUCAAGAACAACUUCAUUUAAAUGAUUACAUAUCUCGAUCUCAAAAAGGACGUAGUGGCUAUAAUCAACAACAAUAUUAUAAUGAUUAUCGUCAACCAAUUCCACAGAAAAAUUUUAAUAAUAAAUUACAUAAUGAUCGAAAAGAUGAUUUCGAUUUUCAAGAUUAUGGUCGUUUAUUAUCAAAUAAUCAUAAUGUUGGUUAUAAUAGAAAUAUAAAUACUUAUGAAAAAUCACAAACAACAGUUCGUCAACAACAACAUGAUUAUAAUCCAUAUAAAAUUGAUGAACGAAUAUUUCAUCGUAGAAGAAAUUUUACAAAUAGUCAAUUUCAACAGCAAGAUAUUGUAUCAAAAUUUUAUAAUGAUAAUCCUCAUGGAAAUAUUCACAGACGAUUCAAUGAAAAAUCAAAUGAAAAUAAUCAAUUCAAAAAAAAUUAUGAAUAUUAUAAUACUAGUAACAAAAAUCAACAAGAAAAUCGAAAUUUAAAAAGAUAUGAAUUCUAUGAAAAUAAGAAUAAUUUACCACCUCGUUUUCAAAUUAUUAAUAAUAAACGAGAUCUAAUACAAAAACAACAAUAUCAACAAAAUUCAAAUUUAAAUCUUUCAAUUGAUAAUUCAAAUAUUGAACGUUCUAAACGAUAUUCAAACAUGCGUAAUAAUAUGACAAAUUCAAUUCAACAAACACUAUUAUCAAAAAUACAAAAUUAUCAAGAUCAACAUUCUAAUGAUAUUGAACUAAAUGAUUGGCCACAAGCACCACCACCUCCAACAUCAUAUCUUCCUCAACAAAACACAACAUCUCAAAUAUCUUACCAACAACAAAAUUUACAAUACAUUCCAAGAAAUUAUUCGCCAGCAUCUAUUUCACAAAAGCUUCAAGAAAAUAAAUAA